GUGAUGCAGGUGGUAAGAGAGCAGAUCAUGCGAGCGCUGACGCAGAAGCCUAAUUCCCUGGACCAGUUGAAGAGUCGCCUGCAGAACCUGAGUUAUACUGAGAUCCUGAAGAUACGCCAGUCUGAGAGGAUGAACCAAGAAGACUUCCAGUCCCGCCCCAUCCUGUGAGUCAAUGGGGUGUGUGUGUGUGUGUGUGGGGUGGGGGUGGGUAGUUGAGGCUGGGUUUGUGUGUGCGCGUGUCCUCUCUCAAUAGGAAAUGAUAGUACUGCCUGAGAAAGGAAGAAAUCAAUGAAAUUCAUUAGGUAGAUGUAACCAAUCCUUCAUUAGGUAGAUGUAACCAAUCCUUCAUUAGGUAGAUGUAACCAAUCCUUCAUUAGGUAAUAAUAAUAAUAAUAAUAUGCCAUUUAGCAGACGCUUAUCCAAAGCGACUUACAGUCAUGCGUGCAUACAUUUUUUUUUUUGUGUAUGGGUGGUCCCGGGGAUCGAACCCACUACCUUGGCGUUACAAGCGCUGUGCUCUACCAGCUGAGCAUCUACCUCAUUAUAGGUAGAUGUAACCAAUCCUUCAUUAGGUAGAUGUAACCAAUCCUUCAUUAGGUAGAUGUAACCAAUCCUUCAUUUGGUAGAUGUAACCAAUCCUUCAUUAGGUAGAUGUAACCAAUCCUUCAUUAGGUAGAUGUAACCAAUCCUUCAUUAGGUAGAUGUAACCAAUCCUUCAUUAGGUAGAUGUAACCAAUCCUUCAUUAGGUAGAUGUAACCAAUCCUUCAUUAGGUAGAUGUAACCAAUCCUUCAUUAGGUAGAUGUAACCAAUCCUUCAUUAGGUAGAUGUAACCAAUCCUUCAUUAGGUAGAUGUAACCAAUCCUUCAUUAAAAAGAGGAGAAAAACAUUGAGGCAGUGAGAGCGAAGAAAGGAAAUAGCUGGUAAUAUUCAUGACAUGGGAUCUCCUCAUGCCCCAUCCUUUAUCCAGUCCAAAUAAAGACCAAAACAAAGCAAACGAGAGACUGUGGAACAAAGGAAACGCAGUCGUUAAUACACAUUUAAUAAACCCCCGUCCCUCCAUCCCUCACUCAUUUCCCUCCCCUUUUCAAUUUUUUAAAACUCAAUUCAGCUAUUGACAUAUGCUGCAUGGCAUACAUUCAUUCAGUUCCCCUCAUGAUUGAAAAUCUGCAUUAAAAUCUAAUUUGCCUACAAAUGGUAUUGAGUGAAUAAUCCAUUAAGGUCGUAUAGCUCAUUAGACUAGAGCAGUGGUCAGUGGUUUGUUGAGUCUCUCUCUAGUCAUGGUUUUAAAUGUUUUAAAAUAUCACAUCAACUUUGUUGUGCGUUCGAGGCUUAUUUUUACAGUCUAUGGAGCUAUCUGAUUGGCCAGCGGUAGACCUUUAGUUGCACUGCAAGGAGUGAAUGACACUGAGCUGUAAUGAAUCCGAUUUAUAAAAUGGCAGUGUCAAAACGUCUGAGACACAGACACUGCGACAGACAAUGAGAAUCUCACUAUGGGAGUUGAGCCAUAUAGAUAAUUCCCACGCUAAUGCUAUACAUAAAAUGAACUAUCUGUCCUAUACAUGUACGGGACCUGAAUCCAUUCCUUAGCAUCCCCCUCUCCCCAACGGUUCGUUAUCAGAAUAGGGUGAAGUUUCCCCUAGACUCUGAUCUUGGGUCAGUUUAGCAUUUUCCCCACUAAUGGUUAAGGUUAGAAUUGGGGGAGGGGAGGAUUAUCCUAGAUCUGUACCUAGGGGAAACGUCACCCCUGGUCCACUGAUGAUCUGAAAGCACAGAGCUGCAGUGAAAAUAACGGCUAGGGAAAGGCACAGAGAGCCUGACGUAAUGAGAAAGAGAUAAUCUGAUUGGACAGUUCUCUAAUUGUCUGUUCGCUCCGCAGCAGCCCUCUUAUUGGCUGUCAGCUCCACAGCAGCCUUCUGAUUAGCUGUUCUUUCCGCAGUAGCCUUAUGAAUGGCUGUCAGCUCCACAGCAGCCCUCUCAUUGGCUGUCAGCUACACAGCAGCGUCCUGAUUGGCUGGUGAGCUGUAGGACUGUGUGGGCACUGCACGUUUCCCCAGUCAGUAGGUUGUAUAUAUAAUUCAUGUUGGCUGGCUGUUAGGGGCUGUGUUCAUAUCUUUCAUACCAGAGGCAGAGAAACCUACAUGUUAGUCUACAUGACAGGGAUCACAGCAGGGGACUGUGCAGCGCCCUCCUCGGUAAUGAGUCUGGGGGAUGGGGGGGGGGGGCUCUCUCUCUCUCACACACACACACACACUGACACUCUGUGGCCAGUCAGUCUAAUAGUGCCAGUGUUGACCUCCUGCUCAUUAUCAUUCCGUUUCUCCAAACAUCAAAUUUAGAAGGUGUCCACCACAGGGAUGGAACACGCAACCUUCUGAUCAAAGUCAUUGGAGUCAAGCCUACUGUAUGGUAAUAACGCUCAAUGUGAUUGAUAUUUGAGUUGCCAACAAGCGUUAAGUCCAUUUGAAAAUGAAAUAAACCAACCAAAUAAUUUUUGUCGAAAAUUAAACUGAGAUGACAAUGAUGUAGCUAUAUUGAGGACUUUUUCCAAAUCGAUCAAAUACAUUGAUGCAACAUGAUAUGCCUUACUCUGAUCAAGUGCCUUAUUGAAGAUGGAUGUAAAAGGAAGUCCGCUGGGGCUGACUCACUUGAUCCUUUGUAAAAGGAAGUCCGCUGGGGCUGACUCACUUGAUCCUUUGUAAAAGGAAGUCCGCAGGGGCUGACUCACUUGAUCCUUUGUAAAAGGAAGUCCGCUGGGGCUGACUCACUUGAUCCUUUGUAAAAGGAAGUCCGCUGGGGCUGACUCACUUGAUCCUUUGUAAAAGGAAGUCCACUGGGGCUGACUCACUUGAUCCUUUGUAAAAGGAAGUCCGCAGGGGCUGACUCACUUGAUCCUUUGUAAAAGGAAGUCCGCUGGGGCUGACUCACUUGAUCCUUUGUAAAAGGAAGUCCGCUGGGGCUGACUCACUUGAUCCUUUGUAAAAGGAAGUCCACUGGGGCUGACUCACUUGAUCCUUUGUAAAAGGAAGUCCGCUGGGGCUGACUCACUUGAUCCUUUGUAAAAGGAAGUCCGCUGGGGCUGACUCACUUGAUCCUUUUCUGUUGCAGUGUUCUGCACUACUUACUGCAGAAUCUUUAACAUGUAUUUUUAACUUGACAAUUGUUUCUGGGGUUAUCCCUAGGAUCUGGGAAACGGCACAAGUCCUCCCCCUACACAAAGGCGGAGAUCCUUCUGACUUGGAUAACUACCGUCCAAUUUCCAAACUAUCUUGCCUUGCCAAACUUUUUUUUUUACUUCUCAUUGUAUUCUUAAUGAGCACCAAUCUGGUUUUAGACCUGGACAUAGCACUGUUUCAGCGGCCACACUGGUCUUAAAUGAUGUACUACGUUGUUUAAAUCUUACAAGUCAUUCCGUUGCCUUAUUUAUUGACCUGUAGAAGACGUUUGAUACGGUUGACCAUUUCUUACUUGUUCAAACGUUGUCUGAAAUAGGCCUAGAUCAGGCAUCUUGCAAUUGGUUCAAGAACUAUCUAAUGAACAAAACACAAUGUGUUCUUACUGACUGUAUCAAAUGUAGUUUCCUCAAUAUUACGAAAGGUGUGCCGCAAGGGUCGGUUUUGUGCCUUGUUCUCUUCAAAAUUUAUAUAAAUAAUAUUGGUCUAUCUGUUAAAACCUGCAACAUUCAUAAAUAAAUAAAAAAUAAUAAAUUGGUCAUUUAGCAGACACUCUUAUCCAGAGCGACUUACAGGAGCAAUUAGGGUUAAGUGCUUUGCUCAAGGGCACAUCGACAGAUUUUUCACCUAGUCGGCUCGGGGAUUAGAACCAGCGACCUCUCGGUUACUGGCACAACGCUCUUAACCACUAAGCUACCUGCCGCCCUUCAUCUCUAUGUGGAUGAUGCAGUUAUUUACUCCUGUGCCCCCUCAGUACAGCAGGCCAUUCAUUACAUUUUACAUUUACGUCAUUUAGCAGACGCUCUUAUCCAGAGCGACUUACAGUUAGUGAGUGCAUACAUUUUUAUUUUUUUAUACUGGAAUCGAACCCACAACCCUGGCGUUGCAAAUGCCAUGCUCUACCAACUGAGCUACAUCCAUGCCGGCCAUUCCCUCCCCUACCCUGGACGACGCUGGGCCAAUUGUGCGCCGCCCCACGGGUCUCCCGGUCGCGGCCGGCUACGACAUUCAUGACCUUCAGCAUGAUUUUGACUCAAUUCAAAACCGCUUACUGAUCUUAAUCUAGUGCUAAAUGCUAACAAAACCAAGUUUGUUGUUCUCUAGGUCUUGUAAUAUUGACCCUGAGGAGCUGCGUGUUUGCACAUUGAAGGGAGCCCACAUUGAGCAAGUUCCCCAUCACUCAGCACUGCGUUUUAUCACUGGGGGACAAUUUUUGUACACUGCAUUUUGUAUAGUUCUGUUGGCUGGGAGUCUCUGAUCCAGCAUUGACUACUUUUUGUAUAUAAAGUGGUUCUUCAGAGACUACCUCACUACCUCAACUCACAUAUUAAUUGGAGAUCCAGCAAUUUUCAGACCCGCUCUCUGGACUGGCUGGUUCUGGAGGUCCCGCAGGUCUCCACUGAUGUGGGGGAAAAUGCUUUUAGUUGUUAUGCCCCCAGCUCAUGGAAUAGCCUUCAGGACACCUUAGACUCGCUGGUCUCCAUUGGACAGUUUACAUCACGUUUAAGGGAGGUGAUAUGUGAGAGUUGUUUGUUUUGAUUAAUCUUGUUGUAUUUAUUGUAUUGAUAUUAUAAUCUUAUAUGAUGUGUAUUAAAUUGUGUGUUCAUGUUCACAGGUCUCCCUUGUAAAUGAGACCCUGGUCUCAAUGGUGAACCACCCUAUAUAAAUAAAAGUAAAAACUAACAAUGAUGCAACCCAUCUCUCCCUGAGUGUUUGUGUGUGACUGGAUGGUUCUUUGUCUGUGUGUGUGAUUGACUGGUUUCUGUUCUCUGUGUGUGACUGGCUGACUGUUUCUUGGUCUCUGUGUGACUGAAUGGUUCUUGGUCUGUCUCUGUUACUGUUACUGACUGGUUCUUGGUCUCUCUGUGUGUGUGAUUGACUGGUUUCUGAUCUCUGUGUGUGAGACUGACUGCUCUCUGUCUCUGUGACUGACUGUUUCUCUGUCUGGUCUGUAGGGAGCUGCGGGAGAAGAUCCAGCCAGAGAUCAUGGAGCUGAUCAAACAACAGCGGCUCAACCGUCUGUGUGAUGGAACCUGCUUCAGGAAGAUCAGCAGCCGCCGGAGGCAAGGUGGGAGUCACACACACACACACACACACACACACACACACACACACACACACACACACACACACACACACACACACACACACACACACACACACAUGCAGUUUGGCCUGUGUACAUAAUUCACUGCCCUAUACACCAAACAAGCUCAUAUCUCACCCAGUGACACACUCCCACACACUAUCCUACACAUUGCCCUGCCUCAGUCUCUCUCUCUCCCUCUCUCUCUCGCUCUCUCUCUCUCUCUCUCUCUCUCUCUCUCUCUCUCUCUCUCUCUCUCUCUCUCUCUCUCUCUCUCUCUCUCUCUCUCUCUCUCUCUCUCUCUCUCUCUCUCUCUCUCUCUCAGGCCAGUUCACCAACCCCCACCACACCAUUAACACACUCUCUCUCCUUUAUUCUCCAUUCAUCCAUCCCACACUCUAUCAAUCUGCUCUCUUCUCCUCCUCCACCACACCACCACCUCCUCUCUCUCUCCCUCUCCCUCUCACCCCCCUCUCUGUCCUCUGCAGCGUUCCUCUCUAAGUGGGCAGUCUCCUGUGGCUUUGUUGGAGCCACAGUGGUAACCUUGGAUGCUGUUCAAAAGCCUGGGCUGCUGUGUUAGGCUGCGUUUCCAUAGGCAGCCCAAUUCUCAUAGUUUUUCUACUACUAAUUGGUAUUUUGACCAAUCACAUCAGAUCUUUUUCAGAGCUGAUCGGAUUGGUCAAAAGACCAAUUAGUUUAAAAAAAUAUAUAUCCUAAUUGGGCUGCCUGUGAAACGCAGCCUUUCUCACACACACACGCACACACACACACACACCAUACAGAUACUCCUCCAAAAAUUAGCCAAUAUAUGUCUACCCCAGUGUCUGGAACUGAGACAGUCUACUGCUUCCAAGACUGGCUAAUAUCUGAGCUGUGUGGCCCUCAACUUACCCUUGUUGUCUGGAACAGUUUCUCUCCCCAGCUCUACAGUACCACUGAGCCUCAUUGCUCUGAAGUGCGUGAAUCGAUGUCAGUAAUGGAGGAACGGCCUUAAUUCAAUUCCCGGCCCGGCUUCUAAAGCUCUUCCCUGGUCAUCUCAGUGUUCUGGAAUGAACAUGAGGUUGGUUAGCGUGACUCUUCAGAACCUUUGAAGCCAGAUAAGUCAGUGCUGCGGAUGUAUUAAAGGGAAACUGGAAUCUGCCAGUGACUACUUUUUUGUCGUGGGCAUUUGUUCGCGUCAAGGGCAUUAAGUUUACGUUUUCAGGACAGAAAGGAUCCUUUCUUUGCUUGCUCUCGCCUCAGGUGAAAGACAGUUACAGAAUACAACCUUUUCAGUGUAACGUCCCAGGUCCCAUAACAUAUUACACAGCUUUUAUUAACAGUAAAAUAAAUAAACCUCCUAUCAGUACAUUUACAUUUACGUCAUUUAGCAGACGCUCUUAUCCAGAGCGACUUACAAAUUGGUGCAUUCACCUUAUAUUUUUAUUUUUAUUUUUUUGUUUUUUUUGUGAGUUUAAUUUUUUUGGGUAGAAGCAUAGGGUAUGGUUGUGUCCUAAAUUGCACCCUAUUCCCUAUAGUACACUACUUUUGACUAGAGCCCUAUGGGCUCAGGUCAAAAGUAGUGCACUACAUAGGGAAUAGGGUGCACUUUAGGAAACAGACUGUCCUUGAUUUAACUGUGGCUGUGGAAUGGAAGCCUGUUCGUCCUUUCCCUGUAAAUGUCUGUGGAGCUGCACGAUGGAUAACGAUGGUUUACACUUCCGAUUGGAGUGUUUGGGGAGCGUUGAGCCUAAUAUCCUUUUUCACGCUGGCUGGCUGGGGCCUAGGCACGGCAGGGAGAGGGGAGAGAGAGGAGGAGACCGCAGGGAAAGGCCUUAUCGCUUAGCACCGCUAUAAUGUGGCGCUUUUCACAGCCGGAGAAGAUUAAAUCUCACCACCCGAGACCAGACUGUCUCUCUCUGUCCUCUUCAGUCUCUCUCUCUCUCUCUCUCUCUCUCUCUCUCUCUCUCUCUCUCUGACACACGCACACAAAGGUUAUGUGUUGUUAAGGAGUGCUGGAAGCUAGCUCAGUACAGUAUUAUAAAGGCAUUCUCUCUGUCGUCACAGGGCCUAUAGGCUGUUGGCUGUCUGCCACCACACUGUAGAGUACCUGAGUGAUAAUUUCUACUUAAACUGCCUCAAUAUCCUCCCGUCUAAACACACCUCCACCCGGCACUCUCCAAAUGCUUCAGCCCUAAAGGCCUCCUCUCAAAUCAUAUUUCCACAUUAAAUAUUCAUCUAACAGCUCUUAAAUGGAGGUUGGCUUUUCCCUUCCAUCGCUGAAUGGGAGGCUGGACCCUGUUUGGGAAACUCUCCUUAAAGCUGAGUAGCUACCUGACAGACAGCAGGACAGUAUUAGGGAAAAUCUCCAUAAAACCUCUUAAGGAUCGGACACUUUUUUUUCAAUUUUCGCCUAAAAUGACAUACCCAAAUCUAACUGCCUGUAGCUCUGGACCUGAAGCAAGGAUAUGCAUAUUCUUGAUAUCAUUUGAAAGGAAACACUUUGAAGUUUGUGGAAAUGUGAAAUGAAUGUAGGAGAAUAUAACACAUUAGAUCUGGUAAAAGAUAAUACAAACAAAAAACAUGCGUUUUCUAUUACUAUUUUUUGCAUUAUCUUUGAAAUGCAAGAGAAAGGCCAGACAGUGGUGUAGAAUUCUAGAUGUAGUCCCCUGUAGCUCAGUUGGUAGAGCAUGGCGCUUGCAACGCCAGGGUUGUGGGUUCGUUUUCCCAAAUGUGCCGAAUUGUUUUUCAAGUACAUAACUAUAGAGAACAUACAAAAAUGCUAUGGUAAUGCAACAUUUAAGUUUGCACACUCCUAGGAAUGUCAUAAAUGAUAGAACAUUAGCUUCCCUACAGAAAAUACACUAACCUUCACACAUCUAGAUGGCCAGGCAAGGUGGGUGUGGAGUCAGAGGUCAAACUGUAGAACCCAGUUCCUACAUUUGAAUAUAACAAUUUAUUUUUCAAACAAAACUACACUACAUUUAAUUUCUGGGACCCUCCGGAUGACAAAUCAGAGCAAGAUUACUGAAUGUAAGUACAUUAUUUACCUUCAGAGGUGAAUGUACCAAACCAGUUGCCGUGAUAAGUGUUUUGUUGUUGUGCACUAUCCUCAAACAAUAGCAUGGUAUUUUUUUAGCUGUAAUAGCUACUGUAAAUUGGACACUGCAGUUAGAUUAACAAUAAUUUAAGCUUUUUGCCCAUAUAAGACAUGUCUAUGUCCCGGAAUGUUGGCUGUUGUUUACAACACCAUUCUAGUCAAAUAUCGCAUAUUGAGCAACAACCGUCCCGUAUAAGGAACACAGAUCCCAUAGAGGUUAAAGCUGAGUAUCUACCUGACACACAGCAGGACAGUAUUAGGGAAACUCUCCUUAAAGCUGAGUAUCUACCUGACAGACAGCAUCAGAGUCAAGGGUCUCUGACUUUUAAGUAUAGACGCCUACAUUUUACAUUGUAGUCAUUUAGCAGACGCUCUUAUCCAGUGCGACUUACAGUUAGUGAGUGCAUACAUUUUUUUUUUUUUCAUACUGGCCCCCCGUGGGAAUCGACCCCACAACCCUGGCGUUGCAAGCGCCAUGCUCUACCAACUGAGCUACACGGGCCUACUGCAUGUAACACAUACAAAUACUUCAAUGUCUACAUAUCAGUCAGCAAAAGCAUUAUGGAUAAACGUACCAUUAUGUUGUAUCCAUGUUAAAUUACAUGUUAUGUGUACCAAAUAUGCAUCUAAAAGCCUUUAAACUUAAUUUUCUUAUUCAGUUAGCUGAGAAAUAAAUGAUGAAUUGGAGAUGAGCAUCAGAUGGCUGUGUUGUAUCUCCAACAGCUGAGGAAACAGAAACAAAACAACAGUCCAUAAAAUAAGACAAUCUGAGCAGCAUUAUUUCUGGAGGCUAGAUAUCUCCCUCCCUCCAUUUCUUCCUUCUCGCUCUCGCUCGCUCUACUCCUUACUCCCUCCCUCUCAUCCCUCAAUCUCCCUCCAUCCCUCACUCUCCUUCUCUAUCCCUCACUCCCUCACUCUCCCUCUCUCUCUCCUCCCUCUCCACCUCCCUCCCUCUCUCGCUCUCUCCCUACCCCUCCAUCUCGCCGUGUCUCACUCUCUCCAUCCCUCUCUCCACUCCCUCCCUCCCUCUCUCUUCAACCCCUCUCUCUCUCCACCCCUCCCUCCCUCUCCACCCCUCUCUCCCUCCCUACCUCUCUCCCUCUCCACCUCCCUCUCUCAGUUCCCCAAGCAGUCAGUCUCUCUCCUCACAGCUCCACUACACUAGACACGACGCAGCCACUCCUCACAGACCAGCGCCAGCCAGCCUCCCUGUCGCCUGUCACCUGCUGCCAAAUGUCUAUUCUCAGCAAUUAGGGUUUGGGCUGUGCCGCCCAUGCGUGCGCCAGCCAACCCUCCCCAGCCUAGCUCUGCUCUGCCAGGGCUGUGCCAGGGACAUGCCAAGGCGGGGCGAGAGCUGGCACGGUGGGUAGAGAAUAAAGUGACAGGUGUUGCUCUACAGGAGGCCUGCCCACAGUGCUCAGGCGUGCCAGCCGGCCCCAGCUGCCCAGCAGGCGAUAGCACCCCAGUGCCGGGGCAUCAGUAACUCUAGCCACAUGAUAACAUCACUCACCUGACCUGAUUCAGUUGCCACUUUCACUGUCUGUGUCUAACUGCCAAUAUGGGAUAGUGUUAGGGUUGUGGUGUUUGGUGUUGCUGCCUUCAGAAAAAUAGCAUCAAUAUGCUUUGGGUGGUUCUGGUCUAUACAGUACAUACAGAAUCUAGGUUUAUUAAUGUCUGUUUCACAGGUUUGUAGGUCUUCUAUGCUGGUCCUUUCCUCCCUCAUCAUACACUGAUGUCAUUUUGAUUUUAUCCAUUGAUCUUGGCAUUAAACCCUAGUUUUCUCUCUCUCUCCCUCUCUCGCUCUCUCCCUCUCUCGCUGUCUCGCUGUCUCCCUCUCUCCCUCUCUCGCUCUCUCUCUAGAUAAGUUCUGGUACUGUCGACUGUCUCCAAACCAUAAAGUCCUGCACUAUGGAGAUCUGGAGGAGAGCCCUCAGGGAGAGGUGCCCCAUGACUCUCUACAGGAAAAAUGUGAGUAGUAACAACACCAGUACUGCUCUGGGUCAAACAAACUGUCCGUUUCUGUUUAAAAAGAGCCAACUGCAACUUGUUAAAUAAUCGUUUACUGCCAGGCUGCCUAAAGAUGGUUGUUACUGAUGUUGUUAGUAGUUGAUGCAGCAUGUCAACAGAACAGGGAUAUGUGGUUUUCUUACCUAGCUACCUUAUGGUGAAUGCACUAACUGUAAGUCGCUCUGGAUAAGAGCAUCUGCUUAAUGACUAAAAUGUAAUGUAAAUGUAAUCUAACUGAUGAUGAUGAUAAGAGGAUGUUUUCCUUGAUGUUGACGUUCCUCUCCUCCUCUUCCUCCUCUUCCUCCUCCCGUAGUACCCGUUGCCGAUAUCAAAGUGGUGGUCACUGGUAAGGACUGUCCUCACAUGAAGGAGAAGGGAGCUCUGAAGCAGAACAAGGUGAGUGUGUCUAUAGUAUCUGUCAGUGUAGCUGUGUCUUAUAUAACAAAGGAGCACCGAUCCUCUGUCGCCUGGACCUUUAUUACUUUGUCGACGAAUAUGGUGUCUGGAAGAAUGGGCCAACAGGUCUGUGGGCUGGCUAAUUGACUGACUGGCUGCCUGGCUGGCUGCCUGGCUGGCUGCCUGGCUGGCUGGCUGCCUUGCAGGCUGUGUCCUAGGCCGUGUUUGGGCUGUGUGAAUGGGAACAUGAGCGGAGUCACCUCUCUGGGCCCAGCCAGGGCUGUCACAGACUGCAUCUCAAUAUCUAGUGUUGGACAACCGUAUGUCUCAAAGUGCCUUUCUGUCCCAGUUUGUCCCCUACCUGUCCCCCUGCUCGAUAUGCUCCGUCCCCUGUCCCCUGGCACCCAGCAGGUGGCGCCGGCACACACAACAGCCAAGCCAUCUGGUGUUGGAGUGGCUGGGGAGGGAACGUGUUAGAGGCACAGCGGGAGGGACGCACACACUGGAGGAGAGGAGAGGCUCAUUAGCAUGUUAGUGAUAGUGCUACAUUUGAACUCCCUCCUUUUCUCUCGCUCUCUCUCUCUCCUUCUCUCCCUCUCCCCCUCUCUCUCCCCCUCUCUCGACCUCUCUCUCGCUACAGGAGGUUCUGGAGCUGGCCUUCUCCGUCCUCUACGAGUCAGACGAGUAUUUAAACUUCAUCGCUCCGGACAAGCAUGAGGUAAGCACUAGGCAGCUGGCACGGUCACCCAACCAAUGACAGCUUUCAGAGAUGGACUGAGAGGAAGUCAAUGGAGGUCGUCCACUCUCCAGCAUGACAGGGGACACUUUAUGUUAAUAGACUGCUGUGGCUGUGUGGGAGUGGGGGUGUGUGUGCGGGGGCGGGCACGUCGUCUGUACUCAUCCUCUCCUGUCUCUCCUCAGUACUGUGUGUGGACGGACGGUCUGAACGCACUCCUGGGGAAGGAGAUGACCAGUGACUUCACCAAGUCAGACAUGGACACCCUGCUCUCCAUGGAGAUGAAGCUCCGCCUCCUCGACCUGGAGAACAUCCAGAUCCCAGAGGCCCCUCCCCCCAUUCCCAAAGAACCUAGCAACUAUGACUUUGUUUAUGACUGCAACUAA